AUGCUGUUUACAAAUAUUGAUAAGAAAUCUAGUGCAUGCAAUGGAACCAGAUUGAUAGUAACACAAUUGAGAAAACACAUUAUAGAAGCUAAGAUUAUUUCAGAAAUCAAUGUGGGUCACAAGAUAUUUAUAUCUCGAAUGGUAAGUUCGGUGCGGGAGAUGGUGGUCAGUGACGGGUUGCGGUGUGUGAGAUCGGGGGGUCGAGUCUCACCACCAACAACCUUCCUGGGGAAAAAGAAGAUGGGUUGGGCUGUCUGGUCCAUGGAUUUGGAGGGUGGUGAGGUCGGGGGUACGAUUCUCACCACCAACAACCUACCUGCUGUGAUAAACUCAGGGGAGAGGGGUUGGGGGUAG